GGCUCUGUCACAGGCGAGAAGAGUAAGAACGGCUGCACUUCCUGCUGGUUGGCGGGCUUCGCCUUGCUCGGAGCGUCUUCCUUGGCGCGUACUUGAGAUGAGCGCGUCUCUCUCUUCCUCUCUUUGCCUACUUACCUACCUACCUACGUACCUAUAUAUAUAGCCUCUUUGUCUAUCUAUAGCUAUCUCAUAUAUAUAUGUAUAUAUGUGUGUGUGUGUAUAUAAUUAUAUAUGAGAUGCGCGUAUUAAUCUCAGACGGCAAGAAAGAGAGUCUCCGUUUGGAUGGGCGUGUGAGGGGAAUGGCUGUUGCUUUGUAAUUCUCUGCAGCUGGAAAACUCCUUCAUUGUCCAAGUUUAGCGCCUUCCUGCCCCUCCCCUGCCACUGCCGCUCUCAUACAGCCGCGCAUGGACACCUAGCCUUGGGGCUAACCGAGCCAGCCAGGGAUUUUGAACCGCGCGACCCCAAUGACUCUUCGGGAGAAACUUGGUGGGUCCGCUGCUCUGCAGUGAAAGAGAUCUGACUCUCGGGGCUCUUCUCGCCGCUCCUUUUGUCGAAGUGGCCUCCGCCAAGUUGAGACGCCGCUUUGUGGAGCGGGACCCGCCAUGGCCCAAGGCUCGGGGAGUCGAGAACCUCCGUCCGUGAUUGCUCCCAAGGGCGAGGAAGACGCGGAGAUGUCUUCGGAGCCCGGAGCCUUUGAGAUGUCCGCGGCGUCUCUAGGGAAGAGAAGGGAACGGAGGAGCGGAGUCUUGCUAACCGGGGCCGCCACCGCCGAGCGCAUUCCCAGCACCCUGGCAACAGACUCGGACCUCGGGCUUCUGGAAGCGGCCCGGGCGACCCCUCGGAGGAGCAGUAUUAUCAAGGAUCCCUCAAAAUGUGGACGCAAGAAAACAGUCUCCUUCAGUAGCAUGCCCUCAGAAAAGAAAAUAAGUAGUGCAAGUGACUGCAUCAGCUUCAUGCAAGCUGGCUGUGAACUGAAAAAAGUCCGACAAAACUCUCGUAUUUAUAAUAGAUUUUUUACUCUUGACCCCGAUUUGCAGGCACUUCGCUGGGAACCCUCUAAAAAGGAUUCAGAGAAAGCAAAACUUGAUAUUUCUGCAAUUAAAGAGAUCAGAUUAGGGAAGAACACGGAAACAUUCAGAAACAAUGGACUUGCGGAUCAGAUUUCGGAAGACUGUGCCUUCUCCAUAAUUCAUGGAGAAAAUUAUGAAUCCCUAGACUUAGUUGCCAAUUCAGCAGAUGUGGCCAACAUUUGGGUAUCAGGUUUACAGUACCUGGUUUCUCGUACUAAGCAAUGUUUGGAUUUGAUAGAGAGUAGCCAAAAUACUCCACGGUUUGCUUGGCUUACCUCUGUAUUUGAAGCUGCAGAUAUUGAAGGCAAUGGGAUUAUGUUGGAGGACACAGUUGUAGAAUUAAUAAAACAGCUGAACCCAGCCUUAAAAGAGUCCAAAAUCAGACUAAAAUUUAAGGAGAUUCAAAGGAGCAAAGAGAAACUAACAACUCGUGUAACAAAAGAAGAAUUUUGUGAAGCGUACACGGAGCUUUGUACAAGACCUGAAGUUUAUUUUUUGCUAGUACAAAUAUCUAAAAACAAAGAGUAUGUAGAUGCCAAGGACCUUAUGCUUUUUUUAGAAGCUGAGCAAGGGGUUGCAGGUAUCACUGAGGACGUUUGCCUUGAUAUCAUUCGUCGAUAUGAAUUUUCACAGGAAGGGCAGUUGAAGGGCUUCCUUGCAAUCGAUGGAUUUACACAAUAUUUGUUAUCUCCAGAAUGUGAUAUUUUUGAUACCACACAUAAGAAGGUUGUUCAAGACAUGACCCAGUCUUUAUCACACUAUUAUAUUAAUUCAUCUCACAAUACCUAUUUGAUAGAAGACCAAGUCCGAGGGCCAGCAGAUAUCAAUGGCUAUAUCAGGGCACUGAAGAUGAGCUGUAGAAGUAUCGAACUGGAUGUUUGUGAUGGGCCAGAUAAUGAGCCCAUCAUUUGUAACUGUAAUAAUAGGGCAUCACCUUUAUCCUUUAAAUAUGUAAUUGAAGUAAUCAACAGAUUAGCCUUUGUUUCUUCAGAGUAUCCUCUUAUUCUGUGCUUGCAAAACCACUGCUCCAUACAGCAGCAGAAAAUCAUGGCUGAACAUAUGAAGAAGACUUUUGGGACCAAACUGUACACAGAGGCACCACUAGUGUCAGAAACGUAUCUGCCAUCUCUAGAGAAACUGAAAAUGAAGAUUAUUAUCAAAGGAAAGAAACUGCCUUAUGGUAAGGAUUUAUUAGAAGGAGAAAUCACAGAUGAAGAUGAAGAAGCUGAAAUAUCUCGCAGAAAGUCUGAAGAAUAUUUAGGGGACCCAAAAAUGUCCUGGCUAUGCAAAGAGCUUUCUGAUCUUGUAACUGUAUGUAAAUCAGUCCAGUUCAAGGAUUUUGAGAACUCAAUGAAAAAUCAGAAUUAUUGGGAAAUGUGUUCCUUCAGUGAAGGAGAAGCUAGUAAAAUUGCAAAUGAAUGUCCAGAAGACUUUGUCAAUUAUAAUAAGAGAUUUCUGUCUCGAAUAUAUCCAAGUGCCAUGAGAAUAGAUUCCAGUAAUGUAAACCCACAAGACUUUUGGAACUGUGGCUGCCAGAUAGUGGCAAUGAAUUAUCAAACACCUGGGCCAAUGAUGGAUUUACAUACUGGAUGGUUUCUACAGAAUGGGGGUUGUGGUUACGUACUUCGACCUUCUGUUAUGCGAGAAGAGGUGUCUUACUUCAGUGCAAACACAAAAGGCAUCGUCCCAGGGGCUUCCCCACAAGUUUUACAUGUCAAAAUCAUCAGUGGACAAAACUUUCCAAAGCCCAAAGGAGCCUGUGCCAAAGGGGAUGUCAUAGAUCCUUAUGUGUGUCUAGAAAUCCAUGGUAUUCCCGCAGAUCGUACAGAGCAGAGGACUAAAACUGUUCAGCAGAACAGUGAUAAUCCUAUUUUUGACGAGAGUUUUGAGUUUGAGAUCAACUUGCCAGAGCUUGCCAUGAUCCGUUUUGUAGUCUUGGAUGAUGAUUAUAUUGGUGAUGAAUUCAUAGGCCAAUAUACGAUUCCCCUGGAAUGUUUACGGUCAGGCUAUCGACACGUACCUCUGCGCUCCUUUGUAGGGGACAUCAUGGAGCAUGUUACACUUUUUGUGCACAUUGCAAUAACUAACCGGAGCGGUGGAGGGAAGGCCCAAAAGCGUAGCCUGACGGCUAGAAUAGGAAUGAAAACUAGAGACUAUACUAUGCUGAGGAACACAACCCUUAAGAUUAUAGAUGAUAUCUUUAAGCUAGCAGUACACCCACUGAGAGAAGCAACUGACCUGAGGGAGAACAUGCAGAAUUCCAUUCUCUCUGUGAAAGAACUUUGUGGCCUCCCACCGAUUACCAGUCUGAAGCAAUGGAUUUUAACCUUGGUUUCACGGCUUAUGAACAGUGACAGUGUCCCUUCAGUAGCUCUCUGCAUGAAGGACAACUUUCCUUAUCUAGAACCAUUGGGAACUCUGACAGAUGUGCAGAAGAAGGUUCUAGCUGCUUAUGACCAGAUGAUUCAAGAGAGCAAGUUUCUUAUAGAAACAGCAGAUACUGUAUACGACAAAAUCAUUCAGUGUCAGAAAGCAGGUAUGGAGCUCCAUGAAGAACUACAUAACUUAGGAACAAAGGAAGGCCUAAAAGGAAGAAAACUCAGCAAAGCAAUUGAGAGUUUUGCGUGGAAUAUCACUGUGCUGAAGGGACAAGGGGAUCUACUGAGGAACGCCAAAAAUGAAGCCAUAGAAAAUAUGAAGCAGAUCCAGCUGGCUUGUUUAUCAUGUGGACUGAGCAAAAGUAGAAGUGGGAACUCGGAUGCCAAGGCUAAGCGAGAAAGGUGGCUGUGGUUCAGUCUGAGCUCUACAAAAUAUGCUACAGCUCUGGACAAAAUGAUUCCAGGCUUUGGUUAUGAAUUUCAAGUUUAUAGAAUGGAACAUAGAAUACAAAGAUAAUUUAGCAAUGCUGAAAUAUUUCUCACUGCCAUUAGCUGAACAAAGGUAAUAUAAACAAUUCAUGUUUGUAAAAGAUAUCUUAAUUUUGAUUUUUCAUUCAUAUAGAUAAAUCUGCACAGGUCACAUGAGCAAAGGUCCAUCUCAUGAUUGAUGCCAAAGCAUGCUCUUAAUUUGCAAAAGGUCCUCCUCCAGCUUUCCAUGCCAGGUAGAGCAUAUGGGAUGGCAGCCUCUUGGUUCAUUGUGAGACAUGAAGUGUGAAUUACAAGACCUUUGUACCUUUUCUAAGCACCAUCAUGCCAUUGUUGAACCUUCGUGCUUAGGUGUAUGUAGUUUUUUCAACAUUUGCCAUCUUUCCUUGGUCGUAUUAUUGUGAGAAUACUUUCACAUCUUUGUAGUAUAUAUCAUGAGAGACAGUGCUAAGAUAGGCACGUGAUAGUCUUCUUUUAUCAACUCCAGCAGAAAUUAAUGCAACCAAACUGAACUGAUUAACAUGGGAUGAGCAGAUUUAAACUGAGUAGGUGAAUUGAAGCUGCCAUUUGACUACUAAAUAAAUGCCACAUGAUUAUAUUUACUAAGAUUCUAAGCAGAGCUCCAUGUGCAUUGAUGUAGUUAUACAAUAUUUAACAUUUAUGUCACAAAGCUAAAAAUAAGUCACAUGGGUGAUGCAGCAUAGAGGAGUGAAUUGCUAGCAAUGCUUCUAGUGAGUCAGGCACAUGGUGAUCCCCAUUGUUCCUUCCUGUUUGCCUAAAUCUUAUUUGCGUCACAUCAGAUUCAUUAUGUGUUUUACCACAGGUUGGAAAUGUGAAGCAACAAAGAAAAUAAGAGCUUAAAAAACUAAAUGGCUAUUAUAAAUUCUCAGCAUGUUCCAUAAAAAAUAUUUAAACGUUGAGAAGAAGAAAGCUGGGUUCUGCUGUUGUUUUCUUUGCCGGUAAAGCUGGAAGACAAGUGAAAAGGCCUCCAUGUUACCAUUCUUCACAGUGCCUGGCUCUAAUACUUUAGCGAUGGUUGUGUAUUUCAGAUUUCUCAAGGCUUCAAUAUAUAUAUUUGCAUUUUCUGAGUUAGAAGCAAGAGUUCUGUGAAUAUAAGAGACUGUAUUUAUUUAAAGCAAUUGCUUUUAUUUUGAAAAGCUACCUUUUAAUUAAUUUGAUUAGCAAAUGUGCUGACUUUUCUCAAUAUAACAAAAAGCCAAUUGUUAAAAGUUUGUCUAAAACUAUUAUAUGCAUUAAGUUAUUUUUUUCUGAUGUCUUAACAACACUACAAUGUUCAUGUUGCACAAUUCUGAAAGAGUAAAGAUUGAGGGGUGGGGGGGGAAUGACCAAUGUUUAAGAUUGAGUUUAUUUAUUAUUAUUUUUAUUUCAAAGACUUUAUAUAACCACCCAUACUGUAACCACAACUCUGGCCAGUUUUCAAGACAAUAAAAAUUGUUAAAAAACAGUAAAAGGCUACUGCCCACUCAUAUAUAACAUUCAUUUAGAAUUAAACCUUCACUAUCACAUGAAACAAUAUAGCAGUCAGGUCCUUGACUUAGAAUCAUUCAUUUAACAACUGUUCAAAGUUAUCAAUAAAGGAGAAUAUUUGUACUGAUGAUGUUACCUAGUUUGGAUCAUGGAAUAUCUGCAAGAAAACAACCAAGCUCAGAGAGCACCAAGGACCCCUCAUAUUCAAAAGUAUGAGGGUAUUGAAAAAAAUUCACACUUGCAGUUGUCACAGCCAUCUCCAUAAUGACAACCAGUAUGUAUUAAUGCAGCAUCCCGAGAUUACAUGAUCACCAUGUGCAAUCUUCACAGAGGACUUCUAACGAGCAAAGUCAAUGGGGGAAGAUGGAUUCACUUAACAGUUAUGUGAUUUGCUUAAGGACCUCAGGAAAAAGGUCCUAAAACCAGGUAUGACUUCUUUUACGUCUGCAUCGCUUAGCAACGAACGUUCUGCCUCCAGUUGUGGUUAUAUGUUGAGGAUGACCUGUAUACAAUGUAAACAUAUCACUUUGCAUAAAUCAUUUAAUACAAAUUUUAUGAAUAUG